AUGAAGUAUAAAUACUUGGCCGACGCCGACAGUGCCACACUUGAGAAUAUCUCUUCUGCAACAGAGGAAGAUAAACUCACUGCAACCAUGAUACUUCAGCGUGCAGCGGUGAUAUUGGCAGUCACGAUGGCCCUUGUGUCGAUGGCAGUGGCCGGAGGUGGGUUUGGCGGUAGUAGCGGUGGCGGCGGCGGCGGUGGAUACGGCGGAGGCAGCGGAGGAGGAAGCGGCGGUGGCAGUAUAGUUUCUGGAAUUCUUGUUGGCAGUGGAACUCUCUCGGGUGGAGGUGGCGGUGGCGGCGGCUACGGAGGUGGAAGCGGAGGCGGAAGCGGAGGCAGCAGUGGAUACGGAGGAUAA